UUCAUGACCGGCUGCUCCUUUGGCGUCGGCCAGUUUCUGGCCCAGCUCAUCGCGAAGUCCUCUAACCGCGUGGUAGCGACCGCCUGGAACCCGGCCUCCCUAUCAGCUAUUACGCUAACAGCAGACAAUGUCCUUAAGAUCGGAGCUGCCCUCACCGCCACGUUAGGUAGAUUCGACCACAUCGACGUCCUCGUUGAAAAUCUGGGAUGCAUGCUCAUUGGUGACACUGAAGCUGCCGGGGACGAAGAAGCCCGGGCCCUGAUAGACACCAACUUGUGGGGGGUGGUGGACAUGUGAAUGUGUGCAACUACCGUAUUCGUCGCGUCCGUAAUAGGAAUCCCAGACCCGAAACACUUAGUCUUUCCUGAAUCCAUUUCAACCGUAGACUAGGGUGCGCCGUGGAAACAAAUUCCAGAGGAUACUGUAAUCCGUGCGAUCGUUUCCGAGCUAGCCAAAGUCCGUAUUCCAUAUAUGGUCACGACAUCACAGUUCGUCUUCUCUCCCGGCCGUAGUAUAAUAUUGGUUAGAGGCUUCGAGAGAUCUUGCUCAAUAAGCCUGAUGACUGGUUGAGAUCACACAUCCAAGACCGUGGAUACGGG